AUGCGCAUGGACCUAUACGUCUGGGAGGGUGAUGGCUGCAUGUCAUCGUGCGAUCCCGACUGUCUUAUUGCACUCGCCUAUAUACAAGCCACUCAUGCACCUGUACAGGUUAAUACGUGCACUAAUCCACGAACAUCUCCCAGUGGCGUAUUACCCUAUUUGGAAGUAAGUGACAAAGAGCUAGUGGUUACUAAGUGUUUGAAGGAUGUGAGCGGUAUCAUUAGGUAUCUGAGGGAGAAUGGAUACGACUUGGACGAGCAUUUCACCCGGAGACAAUGUGCUAGGGCUACAGCAUUAAAUAGCUAUAUCCAAACACACAUCUCACCGUUUGUCAUCUACAAUAUAUACGGUGAAAAUGCACAGUACGAGGCAAGGCGUUCGUGGUUUGCCGCUCGACUGCCCUUUCCGCUAGGCUUCACGGUACCGAACAUCACGCGGUCGUUCUACUGCCGCCGCCACAUAGACCACGUGGACGCAGACACGCGCCGACCCAACCCAGACACGCGUGUUAAUCUCACAGAUCUGUCGUUCAUGAAUAAACGCCCAGAUAGCACCGACUUUGCUGCACUGGGUACUACUACGGCACACAUGAAGGAACGGAAGGACCAUGCGAGUGCGCAGGAUAUCACGGAGAAUGAACGACAUCAGGCACGAGCUAGUGCAUGCUUGGCGGAUUUAGCGAAGCUGUAUGACGUUUCGGGAGGGCCUUACCUUUAUGGCGAUAAGUUAUGUUCCGUGGACGUUGUACUGUACGGACACGCCAUGUUCAUGAGCUCAUGGGAUUCCACGGGGGGGCUGGAGAAGCAUGCGGACAAGUACCCCAACGCACACACCAUGCGCGAUCUGAUACGUAAAACCACGUGCGUGUCCAAGCUAAUGGAUGAAGUGAACACGAGUAUACUGCACAGCGACAGCACAGUGUUCAGAAGUAUAGCCUCGAUCGAUAGGGAGUAUGAGACUCGCCGGGAGAGUACAUUCAAGGCAAAGAGGAAUGCGUCGCUGGACGAAUUGCAUGAGUUGGAGAACACCGUGCCGUUGUACGCAUACGACACACGGCGCAACUCAGAGGGCAGUGACGAUGGCUACGACCGGGAAGAACCGGAGGAAUACCACGAGGAGAGCUGGAGAAAGUAUAUAUCUUUCGGGGUAGCCGGUAUGGCCAUGCUUUUGUACGCAAUCUCUACAAUAACCGUUGCAGUGGAAGAACCGGACAACGAAGACGACCAUGAUUGGGAGAUUUGAGAUCAGACUAAAUUUGUAUAGCAUCAAUUUAAAGGGUGAUGUACUCGCCAUUACAGUGAUUCUUUG